AUGGCAAACAUAGCUGAGGAUGAGAUCUCGAGUGUAAAUGUUGAAAGUAAUAAACAUAAUGCACUUGAUGUCCAACAUAAUGAUAGUAAUGUUCAACAAGCUAAUGAAGACUUAGGUGUUCAUGAUAGUAUGGAUUCAGAAGCAGGAAAUGAUGUUGCGACUAUAAUAAAUCGUCACCCCAUGCUCACGAGAAGCAAGUGUGGUGUUUUCAAGCCCAAAGUGUAUUCUGUCACCUAUGACACGAUGGAGCAUGUCAAUGUGCAUAAGGCUCUGCAGUCACCACAUUUGAAAAAUGUUAUACUUGCUAAGCUUGAAGCAUUGCAGGCGAAUGGUACAUGGUCACUUGUCUCGCUGCCUAAAGGAAGGCCAGUAGUGGGUUGCAAGUGGUUAUUCAAAGUGAAAAAGAAUCCAGAUGGAUCCAUUAGUCGAUAA